UUUACAUUUCUAUGGUUUUUUUUCCUCUGGGCAUCCUCUCCCUUCUAAACACCACUUUGUGUGCUUUUGGGGGUGUGUGGGCGGAAUUGUGUGCUUUGGAUGCAGACUGAUAUGGAUACAAGAAAUGUUAUUUAAAGAACACCACACGGCCAGAAGGAAAUAAAGCACUUCAUCUUUUUCUUUUUUCUCGCAAGACUUUUUUGUUCCAUUUUUAUUAUUAUUAUUAUCCUCUCCCUACCCCCCGCCGCCAUUCAUCAAAUUCUACAAUGAAGUUCUCAAUUGUCGCCGCUUUCGCCGCUCUGGCCGUUGUUGCCCUGGCUGAUGCCCCCGUCAAGUGCAUCCCCCGCCCCACCGACAUCGUCGUUCCCACCUACGACACAGUUACCCCCACUUCCUCAGCCCCUGUCAUUACCGAUGAGUCUACCACCGAGGAGUCCACCACUGAGGAGUCCACCACCGAGGAGUCCACCACCGAGGAGUCCACCACCGAGGACCCACCACCUCCGAUGAGCCCACCACCUCCGAGGAGCCCACCACCUCCGAUGAGCCCACCACCUCCGAUGAGCCCACCACCUCCGAUGAGCCCACCACCUCCGAUGAGCCCACCACCUCCGAUGAGCCCACCACCUCCGAUGAGCCCACCACCUCCGAUGAGCCCAGCGUCGAUCUCCCCACCAUUACCGCUCCCCAGGUCCCCUUCUAAUUAGGAAUUGAUAUGAUAGCGACCAGACCAAUUGCUUGAUGGUGGUCUCGGAUAUAUUUUGAUCGUCUCGAGGCCAAAGGGUGCGCUUUCUCUUCUUCAAUAUUAUUUAAUUGUGUAUUGGAAUUUUUAUUUUUGACUAAUAAACGUUAAUUUCAUAAACUUUAUGUUUGUUUU